UCCCUAAAUUUAUCAGCAGCGAGCAUAUAUAUGAAUUGUGGCCAUGGAAUCCAUGGCCAUUUGAGCUCGUUUUUUCAUUCAAGCCCAAGAGAAGAUAGAACAAGAAAUGGUUUUUCAUGGACGUUUAGCUUAGUUGUAGGGAUUUGUAUCAACUGAUCAGGUAAUGCCGCAAACUAGGAAAAAAGAGAAGAAAUUUACUGAGAUUGGGGGCAAGGAAUUGGGGGAGAAAUUAGGGUUUCUAUAAUGUCUAAGAAGAGGAAAUCUGAAUCCAAUGGGCUGGAUGAGAUUGAGAGAACCAUGUAUACGGCUUUUUCUAGCGCUGCAAAUUCACUGUCUUUGCUCUAUACUCAGGCUCAAAAUCAGCAGAAACUGGCCUUUCAAGCUGGAGAGCGUCAUGCACUGGAGAAACUUUAUCAAUCAAUCCUUAGGCAUCAAGAGGAAGGAGUUAGAAUGACUGGAGCAGAUGUACUUGUUUAUCUUCAGAAUGAGCUUGACUAUGGUGGAGAAGAAGCCUCGGUGUCCCCAGCACGCCAAUUACAACACCACCCCAACUUGAACCCACACAUGCAUUUCCCAACCCCAUCCUCUCAGAUGCAUAAUGUAGCCUCUGGUCAGCUAGUUAGUUCUCAAGCCCAAAGAGCAAUGAAUCAAGAUCAGGCCAAAAACUCUAUAUUCUCAAAUGCUCUAUCGAGUCCCAUAAGGCGUAGCCUUCAGCAAGGUGGUUACUACUCAAACAGGCGGAAUGGGUCUGGGGACUCGGAAAAUGUUGGGUCUCAUGGGUCUCAGAGCUCACAAAACGAAAUGAAUAAUGGUGAUUCUACCAUGGACAUGCACGAAGAAGGUGGACCUAAUGGAUAUUAUCAGUAAGACGGGAGAAUAACUCUUCGGCGGUGGGCGUUCUUUGCUUUUGCAGCUGUGGUAGUCAAGUUGAUCUGAUUCUUGACUGUUUGAUUAUUUCAAUGGGCUUGGUGGGCAUUCAAGAGAGUUUCAAGUGAAAAAAUUUUAGAGAGUGUUAAGGAAAAGCUCGAGUGUGUUCUAUGUGGACUAUAGGUUGCCUGCAUGAGGUUGCUGGCUAAUAUGGUCGGACAAGGAUAGCGUGUGGCUGCUUCUGGUCUUUUGUUCGAGGGACCUGCUUGGAAUCCGUAAGAGAGGUGGCGUUUAUGUGGUUAUGUUGCAUAUUUGUUGAUUAGCAUUGAUUCAGUUUUAUAAGCAAGAUUUGCCCUUGACAUCUGUAUUGCACGCUUUGUAACUGUUAGUGUUAUGUUGAGUAUGGAUGUUUAAGUGUUAAAUAUGCACUAAAUGUUAAAGAAAUUUAGCAGAGCAUGCUUAUAAGAUAAUAGAGAAAGUUUAUAUGA